AUAAAACUCUGUCUACAAAAGAGACAGGCAAAGCAAACACAUUUCAAGAAAAAAUAAAAAAUAAAAAGGAGAAGCAAGCAAGCAAAGGAAGCCAAGACGAGAAGAAGGCUGAGGCGAGGGUUUGAUUUAGGGCAAAAAGAGUAGCACAAUGAGCACAGACCAUGACAAAUAUGCAACCAUCAACUUUGAAGAGACAGAAUUGCGUCUAGGGUUACCUGGUCCUGCAAAUGAAGUUGAGAUUGCUAAGAUAAGUAAUGGCAAGAGAGGCUUCUCGGAGACUCUAGUAGAUUUGAAGCUUAAUCUUUCAACAAAAGAAUCUACGCUGAAGGAUGUCGGAGAGGAGAAGAUGAAGGAGAAAGCUACUGCUCUUUCUUCAUCUGCUGAUCCGGCGAAACCUCCGUCCAAGGCACAAGUUGUGGGUUGGCCACCAAUUCGAUCAUUCCGAAAGAAUGUCAUGUCUGUACAGAAGAACAGCAGUGACGAGGGCGACAAGUCGGCCGCCGUCGGUAGCACCAGCAGCAGCAGUGCUGCUUUUGUGAAGGUGAGCAUGGAUGGUGCACCAUACUUGCGAAAAGUGGACUUGAAAUUGUACAAGAGCUACCAAGAACUCUCUGAUGCCUUAGGCAAAAUGUUCAGCUCCUUUACCAUUGGCAACUGUGGGUCUCAAGGGAUGAAGGAUUUCAUGAAUGAGAGCAAAUUGAUAGAUCUUUUGAAUGGAUCUGAGUAUGUUCCAACUUAUGAAGACAAGGAUGGAGAUUGGAUGCUUGUAGGAGAUGUUCCAUGGGAAAUGUUCGUCGAUUCAUGCAAACGAUUAAGGAUAAUGAAGGGGUCUGAAGCAAUAGGACUUGCACCAAGAGCUGUGGAGAAGUGCAAGAACAGGAGCUGAAGAGAGGAGUACGUACGUAGUUUUGUUGUUGAAGGAGAGAAAUGGAAUCCAUUGCAUGCAUGAAUUAAUCUGUGAUCAAAGGAAAUCAGACCGGCUCAAGAGGGAUUGAGCAGGGAGUUUGGAGAUGUCUUUGUACCAUGGUUUUUGUUCUCCUUUUUUUAAUUUUUUUUUCUCCUAUGACAUAUAUGAGGAACAUGUUCGGAGAUUUGUUAGGAAUCAUCAAUAUAUGAUAUGUUUAUAUAUCUUCCUUUUAAUAUUGUUAAUUAAAUGGUUUCUAUAUAUUUAAUCAAAAGCUAUGGUGAGCUUUUUUUUUUU